AUGCCCCAGCCAACCGCCAGCGUGAUAGAUGCAACGGCUACCGAACAAUCCAAGGACCGACCUCCCAGCGAAGUCCCGGAACCCGUAAUCAUCUUAGGACCAGUACCCACACUGGGCUUGUCAGAUGAGGCUUAUCUGAGCGAACUUCCAGAAACUAAUCAAUGCAUUUUAACAAUCACCGGUGGUCUGACAGAAUUGCGAUUGCAUAUUCUGGGUGAACGCAUUGCUGUUUUACCGAAUCUACCGGAAGCGAGAGACUUCUCCGAGAUGGGAGACAAUGCAGCACCGAACGCAUCAGCUGGUGGGGGUGGAGGUGCUGGUACGGCAACCAGUACGGGAACACCCGGGGUUGCAACUGGUGGAACGGGAGCGGCAAACAAUGAAACAGAAGCGGUCAAUGCAGAAAUACCCAAUUAUCACAAACACGAGCUCACGCAUUUGCUGGGUCGAUGGUUCACACCAGACGAAUUAAUCACUGUUUUGCAGCUGUCCGGUGUCAACAUGUUCCCUCGCGAGGACUCUGUAUGUCGUGUGGAUUGUUUGGAUAAGAAUCCUAUCACGGAGCAACGACUAUACGAGCAAAUGGCCCUUCUGAGCCCAGCUUUUGCAUUCGGUUGGUCUCGUUGGAAUGCUGAAUGCGGUGACCGAGACACAAUUGUUGUUACAGCGGUAGAACACGUCGAUCAAGAAGACACGGUGGAUGAGGAUACAUGGUCAGUCUAUGCCAUGACACGAAAAAAAGUUACCAAGCUGAAGAUGAAAGAAUAUGACGAAGUCUUUGACAAAACUGAGGACAGUAAACAAGAAUUCCACGCGGACUUCUAUCACAUGUUUAUGGAUAUCGGUUCGGAAGAAGCCAAACGACGAAUAAGGAAAAUCGACCUAAAGUACCUGAAAACUGUCAAGCAGAUGUUACAAGCUACCCGCCUAGCCGUGUUCUCUUGA